AGCCAUUUUGGCUCAAGCUUUCCCUAUCAAGCUUUCCCUCAUCCUAGUAACACUACCACUCCGACAUCCUACUCACCAUCUCUCUACAGCUUGUUGCACCGUUCUGGGCAGGGAUGGCAGAUAGGGGCAAGCGCGCCGGUGGCAAUACCGGGUCCACACCAGUGAAGCAGAAGAAGAAGGAGGAGGAGGAGGAAUAUGGAGAAAUGGCAAUGUCAGCACGGGGCUCGAAUGACAAGAUCGUGGCCGCGGAGGCUCCUCCACAAUGGUUUAUGGAUGUGGACGCCCGCAUAUCGAAACAAAUCGACGGUAUCACGACCGACCUGAACGGAGUCAAACACAUGAUCGACCAGGCGAGGAUCGAAGCACAGGACGCAAGGAGAGCAGCGGAGGAGGUUCAGGACAAGAUGGAAGAGGUAGAGAUGAACGUGGAGGGUAUUCGGAACGAUCCUGAGGAGAUGUACUUGACCAAGACCGAAAUCGAGGAGAUCAUAGACAGCAAACUUCAGGGCGCGAGGGGCACCAUGAGGCAACCUCCCAGGGCCUGUGCGCAGAAGUGGACGGACCAGGAGGAAGGAGGCAAGACAGUACGGAAAAAGAAACACGUGCCAAACAGGUAAUUGCUUUUGGGUUCGACGGGGGCGACUCCGCUGAAAAAGUGAUAAAGACUUGAAAAUAAAAAGGUAUUACAACAACUCUUGGGCGAGCAGUCGGACGCAUCAGUGCUGACAACUGGCUCAACGAGGUUCGGCGUCGUCGAGUUCCCCUCUACCCAGUCGAAGGUCAGAUUUUGGAAAAAAAGUACGCGACGCCCUCAAUGGCGACGAGAAGGCGCUGGGAGAGAUUUUCUUCCGGAACAACCUGACCAAAGAGGAAAUGGAACGAGAAAAACGACUAGGCUAUGCGAAACACCAUUUGGCCCAGCACCCGCAACAUCGCGACGCAGACAUAAAGAUCAUUCGGUCGAAAAGUACGGUUGUGGUGAAGGACGGGAUGGGGGGAGAGAAAAAGAUAGGAUGGCACGACGGCGACGGGAAUCGGCACACGACUAAGACCGGGAAGCUGGUUGAAGCCGAAGUGUAAGAAUCAAUGCAGAAGUGGCGGGACACUGACCACAAACAAACACCACCGACCACAAACACAAUCCUGAACUCCGUCUUCCCUGUCUUCUAUUUGCGCCGGCUCGUGUACUACUUCGUCCACAUAUUAUAUUUGUGCUGGUUGCUGUCCUAUGCCGACCACACUCUCUAUUUGUUCCGGUUCGUGAACCAUGUCAUCCAGAGUUUCAGCACCCACACGGUCUGAGGCUACGGCCUCUUGCGCCUUGCCCAAAGGGCACGGGCACCCCCGGUGCCCGGAACCGGUGCUUCCCCUCCGUUCCGCUCCGCUCCGCGCACUGCGCGGCGGCUCACGAUGCACCCGCCGACAGUGGAGCAUGUCAUCGUCGAGUCGCCAACUGCUCUAGCCACCAGGUCCCCAAGGACUCCUAGAGGCGCUGGGUCCCCAACGAGCACCCGACUUAAUAAUACCUAUAUAGAAUUUAACGGAACAACGCAGGAGACCUCCACCGAAUACGGUUCUCACAACUGUGCUACUCACAACUGCAUAUGGCUGGGUCCCUCGCCAGGAUGUUUAUAUUUCUUUUUGUUGCUAUGCUCCGCUUCCAUCAGAGACAGCUGAGCUGCCUCCGAUGUCGCCUGGUGGCUUAGGUGCGUCUGCUGUGCAAACUGUAAAUGUUUUGAAAUGUCCUUUUGUAUAUGCCAAAUGUGUUCGCCCUUUUGCCGAUGGAGCUCCUGCAUAUGAGCAAUCAUAUGAUCGCUGAUUGUUGCUAAGCGACGAAGGCAAGACGUUAGCAUUGAUGUUCCAUCAUGUCAAUGCAAUCUGAGCAAGCCAAUUGACGCUGGGCGAGGGCACGGACCAUCAUUUUUUCAAUGUUUUUCCUGGGCGCCUGUUUUCUGCCGCGGCCGGGCAUCGUGACCCCUGUGCCCAACAACCUACCUUGAUCGAGAUACGACCCGACGACGAGUCAUCGGAAUCCUGACAGCUCGUCGACCAUCCUCGAAAUCUAGACAUCAACGGGGAAUUGAGAGUCUCGCGCCUAGCAUUCGAAGGUGGUGACAUGGGUUCAUCAGGUGCCCCCUCAACUUCCUGUAUCACGGGACAAGUUUUAGUUUCUGCUAAGUUUCCAAUUAAGUUGGAAUUCUGCAUAGGCGAAUAUUGUUCCAUGCUGAUGUCGCCUGGUACUUUAAGUCGCCUCGGCCCCCGGGUUUCCCCGGUAGCAUCUCUCAUGUGCUCCAUCGAAGUCAUUGUUGCGUGUCUUCUUCCUUAGG